CAAGUGCCAGCGCCAGCAGCCAUGGACGGACCCACGAUGAUGAUGCACUUCAGAGAGAUGCUGCGCUCCGAGAUCAAGGAGCCGACGGCGAAAGAUUUCGCGGACGUGAAGACGUCCAUCGACAACGCGCGCAGGGACGUCGAGAGGCACGAGGGGCGCCUCAAAAACAUGGAGCAGGAGAUCGAGGACUUGCGAGAGGGACGUUCGGCGGCUCCCUCAUCCACUGCGGCUUCCUCGGUCAGGCAUCCGCUGCGCCUCUCGGGGGCCGAGAGCACGGCGGCACAGCCGUCCGUGUCGGGGCCAAAGAGGGCGCGCGGCAAGAUCUGCGUGACCACUGGCGGCUGGGAUCGGGACAAACCCCGCGACGCCAUCCUGGACGAAGCUCGUGCGCUCACCGACGCCAUUCUCGACAAAGCAGAGGAUGGGGUGUUCGUCCCGCUCAAGCGUGCCAGCUUCCUGAAGUUCCGCGCGCAGGCGGCGGACCUCGAGCUAGGCUACAUUCGAGGCACCACCUGGCGGAAGCAGCACAAGUCCGGCGAGAUGGCGAGGACCCCGGGCCCCACGAGCUUCAAGGAGCACGUCGCGGCCGGCAUCAGCGCCCACACGGGCGCGCUCCUCAGCCUGGUCGGGUUCCAGGCCAAGGAGUCCGAGGAGCAGAUGCGCCUCAUGCUCAUCAGCUGGAACGCUCAGGGCAUUGCGGAGCACAACGCCGAAAACUUGGCAGCGACGCUGCGCGAGCAGCACGACUACGACGCGGCCAUCCUCCAGGGGGUCGGCUACUGGGGCAAGACCACGAGGCUAGAGGUCGGCGAGGGCGAACUCUACCUGGUCAGACCGCGGCACGAGGAUUCGAUGGAGGAGCCCUCCGACCUGAUCAUGACGGCACCGCCUGGGGCGCACCCGAUCGCGGGCGCGGACGCUCAGACGGCCGCGCCCCCACCACAGGCGGACGACGAGCGCUGGAUUGGGGACUCCCCAGUCGGCCAGCGCACGCGUCGCGCCGAAAUGUUGACGAGACUUCUCACGCAGCACGACCUGGCGGCGACGAAGACGUUGACCGCGGCGGCCAGCGGACCCACCUGCCACUACGAUUUCAAGCACCCGCCAGCCCAGAUCGACUAUGUCCUGAUGCCUGCUCGCGAUAUCUGGAAGGUCAGCACCACGCUCGAGGAGAUCACCGACAGCGCGCAAUCCGACCACUCGGCCAUCAAGCUGGAGUUCACCUCGGCACCAGGAAGGUUCCCAUGCUCCCCGAGGGCCACGAGCUCAUGCAGACAGACGCUGCGGGUGUUAGAGGCGCGUCGGCGGGUCACCCGCGACCGCGCGCAGCGCGCGAUCUACAGCAAGGAGAUCAUCCAGAUUCGCAGGAAGAUCUGGGCCGCGAACAGGGCCCUGCAGCACUGCCUACACGAGGACGACCCGAUGAGGAUCAAGGAGCUCCUGGGGCGCGAGCACUGCAACACCUUCAGGGCCAGCGACGGGGAGGAGCCCGUCGGGGCCACUGCCUACUUCACGGCGGAGGUCAUGAAGACUCCUGGCGUGGACGGGGUGGUCGCCGAGGUCCUGCGGGCCCUCGACUCGGGCUUCCUCGCCUCGCUCGCGGCCGUCAUCGAGAAACGCUUCCGCGGGGCACCCGAGCAUGCCGGGGGCCAAGCCUGGUCGAAGCACGCCAUCCAGCUCAUGAAGAGGAAGGGAGACAAGCACACGCUCAAGGGGUACACACCGAUCACGCUCCUGACUACCUUCGAGAAGCUAUAUUCGGUCGGCCGGGUCAAGAAAUGCGCCAACAAGUUGACCCUGCGGAGCCCACAGUACGCCUAUCGGAAGUUCCACCAAGCGAUGGACGUGAUCUUCAGCAUGCGCAUGUUGGCGGAGAAGGCCCGCGAGUGGAACCGUCCCAUCUUCACCAUGGACGGCGAUGUCGAGGCCGCCUUCGACCGCGCCUCGCACCGCUCGGUCGAAGAGACACUGAGAAGAAGGGCUGUGCCAAGGCCCGUGGUCCUAGCCAUCAUGAGGGAGUUGAAGGCCUCGGCGGCGAUCAAGAUGGGCCCCAUCCAGACGCAACCAGCACCUCGGAUUCGCUGCAUUCGACAUGGAGACCCAGCCAGCACGGCCCUCUUCAAUCUAGUGCUGGAG